UUAUCAACCAACUACAAUAAUAAUUGUAUAUAUACAGCUGAAGAACUAAUGAAAUUUCCACUAGAAAUCGAUGGUUCCCUUUUUGAAAUAAGUGAAUUGGAAAAUGAAAAUACGAAGAGCAACAAAGUAGAAUCAACGGUAUCUGCCGAACUACUUAGCGAAACCAGUAUCUGUAUUUUAGAAGAAAGUCAAAAAUACAUUUAUGAAGAAUCAACAAAUAUGAGCACCGAUAUAGUUAACUCUAUAUUAGACGAUAUUAUUGACGCCGUAUUUGAAAAUGUUCACGAUGAAAACAAUAUUACUAAUGAAGCCAUAACUAUCCAAGUGGAUGAUUCUAAGAAUCAGAAAAUAAUAGUGCACAGUAAUUUGAAAAUUCCAGCAAAUGUAUGGUCUCAACAUUUGCACUGGCCAAAAAUCGAAAAAACACGAACGAAAAAAACUCCAACGGCACCUUUGCAAUUACAUCGAAGAAAUGGAAAGAAUAUACACAGACAAAAGAUGCUGAAAAAAAAGAGAAGGAAGACUCGAUGCUGAAAAGGAAAGCCAUGAGGGAGACUAAAAAGCAAGAGAAGGAAAAGGACAAAUCGCAGUUUCCUAGAAAGAGGAAAACCAUCCAAACUAAUGUUCUACCUGAACAAAAUGGUACUCAUAUAACACCGUCAAUAACCAAAAAGAAAAAAACCAAGUCAGUGGAGACCAAUGCGUCUAAAAUAAUAGGUGACAAUUCGAAAGAAGUUGCGGAAAAUGAGAAAUAUGUUUUACAAGAAAUAGGUAAACAGGUAUAUUUAUACCUCGUUUAGAGUUUGACUAUCACUUUUUCAGGAUCAACUAAUAUGAAAAUGGGCAUAAGAAAGAACAAGUUAACUGCCACCUUGACAUCUGAUGUGUCUACAACAGUAGAACAUGAUUAUGGACAAAUUUCCAUAGGUUCUUAUGUAAUAGUCAGAUACCAGAAGAAGUACUUUCCUGGCAUUGUCACCAAUAUAGAAGACGAUGAAUAUGAGGUUAAAGCUAUGGCCCCACUUAGCCCCAAUUUGUUCAAAUGGCCGUUUCCUGAAGACCAAAUUUGGUACAAUAAAAAUCAGAUCAUGGAAGCAAUUUUACCACCGAU